UUUAAAGAGAUCAAAAUCAUUCCACUUGGCCUAGCCAGCAGAGCCUCUCUCUGAUUUUUCAAUCUUUUUCUAAUUUCUCCACUUUUCUUGCAAGAUUUGAUUUACUUACGACUGUGAGAACUUGGUGGGCUGGUGAGAAGAAGGAAAAGAAUGAUGAAGGAGCCGGAGAUAAAGUUGUUUGGGAGGAAGAUUUUUUUGCCGGAGAACGGCGGCGGGGAAUAUUCCGGUGAUUCAUCCGGUGGAAGUAGUGAUGGAAGUGGUGGAGGCAUCGAUUGCGAUAGUUUGGAAGUGAGUAGAGGGGAGCAGGGAGAAGGAGACAGAGGAAAGGAUGGUGAUGGUGAAGAAAGGCAUGGGAUGGCUAAUGAUGAGGAACAAGCAGCGGGAGAACUAUAUGAAACUGCUGCACUGGGCGAGGACCAAAACCCAGGUGCCACCGACGAAUCACAUAAUGCUAAUGCUUUAUCAGAAUCGGAUGAUAACUCAAAGACUGCCUCAAUUGAUGAUGAUGUUGGUUCAGAAAAUGCUCCUAAGGCCGACAAUGAUCAGAGUGAUGCAACAAAUGCACAGCAAAAGACUCUGAAGAAGCCAGACAAGAUCCUCCCCUGCCCCCGUUGCAAUAGCAUGGACACCAAGUUCUGCUAUUACAACAACUACAAUGUUAAUCAGCCUCGUCACUUUUGCAAGAGCUGUCAGAGGUACUGGACGGCUGGGGGGACGAUGCGGAAUGUUCCGGUCGGGGCCGGUCGUCGAAAGAACAAGAAUUCUGCAUCCCACUGUCGUCACAUUACGAUCUCUGAAGCCCUCCAGGCAGCUAGAAUCGAUGAACCUAAUGGAUUUCAUAACCUCAAACUUAAGCCCAACGGUACCAUCUUAUCUUUUGGUCCUGACUCGCCUUUAUGUGAAUCCAUGGCUUCUGCUUUGAAUCUUGCAGAGAAAAGAGCACCAAACGGUCUCCGAAACGGGUAUUAUAAGAUUGACCAAGGAGGCUCGGUUUCUGGAGACAAAUCUGAUGAUCAAUCAAUAGGAUCUUCUAUCACAAUGUCAAGUUCAUCGGCAGAUGGAGGCAAAAAUGGGUUACCACAGCCCGUGAUGCAAAAUAUAAACGGAUUCCCAGCUCCAGUUCCGUGUAUGCCAGGGGUUCCAUGGCCAUUUCCCUGGAACUCUGCAGUUCCAAUUCCAGCCAUUUGCCCCCCGGGAUACCCACUGCCGUACUACCCAGCGCCUUACUGGAAUUGCAGUGUGCCUAACGCUUGGAACGUUCCAUGGCUAUCAGUACCACCUCCUACCGUAAAUCAAAAGGCAACAGGUUCUGGUCCCAGCUCACCACUUGGCAAGCAUUCAAGAAAUGGGGAACUUCUUAGGCCAAAAAGUUCAGACGGAAAAGAGCACUCAGAUGCAAAAAGUGAAGAAAGUUCGGUGGUGGUGCCGAAAACAUUGAGGAUUGAUGAUCCCAAGGAAGCUGCAAAGAGUUCUAUAUGGGCAGCAUUGGGGAUCAAAUAUGAUUCCUUUAGCAGGGAAGGUCUCUUUAAAGCCUUGCAACCCAAGGGAGACGAGAAAAAACAAAAGGUCAACACCUCAGCCCUAUUGCAGGCGAACCCGGCAGCCUUGUCUCGGUCCAUUAGCUUCCAGGAGAGCGCCUGACCAUUGCCUUUUACAACGAGCCAUCGACAAUUAUUUAGCCGUUGAUACGGCUCGAUAUAACAAUCACAUAACCUCUGGCUUCUGAGGCGACUAUAUCGAUCUCCAAGCCUCGGAAGAAGGUGAUUCUUGGACGGAUGACAGUUCAGCUUCACCUUUUCCUUGUAAUAUUAUUAAGCAGGGGUUGUUGUUUUCACCUUUGAUGAGUGAGUUCAUGUACAUAGUUUUGUAGAAAAAUACUGACAGAAAGGGUGAGUGUGAGUCAGAGUUUAGAUGCACAAAUUAUAGAUGUUUGUAUGAUGCUUUUAACUGAUUUCAGGUUUCCUGAAAACCAUGUAGUCCGAAAAGAGUCUGUCUCUUUCAUUUUCUC